GACGCAUUAUCGUAAGACGUGUUAUCUAUAUACUGAUUACACAACGUGAAUAUGUUUACCUGUACUAUGUGUGGUUAAAGUGAAAACAAUACUCAAAAGAAUAUUCAAUUUGCAAGACAUCUAUAGUAUGGUAAAAUUUUCACUCUCUGGACAUGACAGACUUCUGGUCUCAAUCAUAUGAUCAAAGUACAUACUUGAGACAGCAUAGUUCAAAAGUCCAGCAGUAUAAUGUUAGGACGUGUGGAAAGGAUACAGCUUUAACAACGGCAUGGGAAAUUUCUGACAGUGACGAUGUAGAUCAAAUAAUUGUAAUGACAGAAGAAAGGAUUAUAAAACGAUCUGGUCGCAAUGACCGUGUGUUGAUAAAGCAGAUAGAACUAACAGCUCUUACAAUAGCGUGUCUGUUUGGUGAAUUAAAACUUGUGAAAAAGCUUGUAGAGAAUGGAGCAAACGUCGAUCAUCCUGCCAAUGGCGAACAAUCUAGUCUCGAGUACCACAAUAAUGUACCACCAAUAUACUGUGCUGCUAUCAACUGCGACAUAGAAAUACUGAACAUUCUUAUUGAUGCAGGCGUGGACGUCAACAAAUUCCAGGGACUCCCACAGGAUAUCAACAUAGAAAACCCGUCUGACACACGUGCAAUCAUUGGACCCUACAGUUAUCCCAACACAUUGUGGGGACUGAACAAACCUUCACCUGACCCCAAGUUGUUAAUUAAAGUUCUUGAAUUGUAUUUGAACGCUGGUGUGAAACUCAAUACAACAUCAUGGGGACCAUGCCUCUUCCUAGGACGAGGAAGAGUUUUUACAGUUAAAUUUCCAACAACUUGGAUUCCACCUCCAUGGUUUGUUUGUACAUCAUCCGUACUGUUGCUACAACAUGGAGUAGACCCGAACCUUUAUAGUCUCAGACAUAUCAUGAAACAACUAGGACCACACUUUAAACAUUUCAGAAAGCACGAUUACUGUGUCAAGGACAAACUAUUUUUGAGAACGUUUUUAGCUGCUGGUUAUAGACUUACCGCAACAGAUAUUAAAUAUGUUGAGAAUAAAUAUAUUAAAGACCGUUUUGACUUUGGAAAAGAUGACGAAUUCAUGCAAAUUACUGGUCGUCUUGCAAGCUUAAAACACCUUGCUCGGACCAAAAUACGGAGUCAUAUUAUAUCCGUCAACAAAGAUACGUCAAUAUUUCCUGCUGUUGACAUGUUAGAACUUCCGGUGACAUUAAAAGAUUUUUUAAAACUAUAUGACGUUAGUCCACCAGAUUUGUCAUUGGUCAUUUGCUUUGAGCAAAUUCAAAAACGGAACGUUUCGGCAGAUGAAUUCUAAACGCUUUUUAUGUAUUUUGAAUAAAUAAAUGGAGCCAUACUUCAACAUUGUCAA